AGCCCGCUCGUGUGGACAGGCCUUAAACUGAUUCUAACCUAAUCCCGGUCAGAACUGACAGAAUCCAGGAUUUUUCCUUCAAAUCCCAGACUAAUGAAACAACAAGUGGGCGUGGCAGAGGCUUGGAGCUGUCAAACUUGCAAACAGCUGCUUUGAGAAUGAUUGGAAAGCUUUCCUUUCGAUUCUGAUAAAAGACACGGAGCUAUACGAGUGCAAAAGGGGUGCGUUCAACAUACGCUCGCACGCGCUUGCAUACGUGUACAAAUGUCCCACACCUAUCACCUAGCAUCCAUAGAUCUUAUCCACGGAGAAAACAGAAAACUGAGCCAAGAGCAGCAUGGAUAAGAUUGAAGAUGUAUCUGUAGAACCACUCACGGAGUCAAAAUUUUUUAUUCCUUACCGAAUGCAUUAUAAACAGGAUGGGAAAAAGAAGGUAUGGGACUUAGUAACCCAGCAUGAAAGUGUUUCAAUCAUUAUCUACAAUACCGACAAGAAAGCGCUUGUGUUCGUACGACAGUUUCGCCCUGCUGUGUAUUAUAGUAUUGUGAGACAUAAGGAGCCAGACUGUAAAGUUGUUGAUACUUCGAAGUUCCCUGGUGUGGAUGGCAUCACUCUUGAACUUUGUGCUGGGAUUCAUGACAAAGAUCAGUCACUAGUUCAAGAUGCCAAACAUGAAGUUCUUGAAGAGUGUGGUUAUGAUGUCCCAUUGGAGAAAUUCCAAAAAAUACUAACCUUGAGAUCUGGUGUAGGAGUAACAGGAGAUCUUCAGACAAUGUUCUAUGUUGAAGUCACAAAUGAGAUGAAGAAAUCUCAAGGUGGAGGCUUAGAAGCUGAAGGUGAAUUAAUUGAUGUGGUUGAAAUGUCAAUUCCUGAAGUCCGAGCUUUGAUAAGCCAAGAUACAGUGAACUGUCCUGGAGGGUUUUUAUUUGCUGUUAUGUGGUUUUUGCACAACAAAGCCCCAAAGGAUUGAUGUGUGUAUAACCUUUAAGGAAAAUUUUUGCACCUUCAAGAAGUCUGGUGCAUUGCAAUUGAGAAUCAAAAUUUUGCUGUGGGCAUUUUAUAUCAUCCUUAAUUUCAAUAUUGAUAAUCUGUAUUGCACUUUCCAUAAGUA